GUAUAGACAUACAACAACAAAUAAUGUGAGAAGCGCAGACAGAACGGAGAGGAGCACGGGAGCACAACUACUGAGAAGAGAGAUCAAGGAACUGUUUAUAAUUGCGCAGUUGCAAAUACUUCACGCGUUUGUGCUAUUUACAACGUUCAUCCACCAGCUUCGUUGCACUUUUCCAACCUUUUUGGACUUCCUGCGCAUUCUGCUGGUCUAUAACUGACUGGACUGGUUUUCAGGUUAAUCAUUUUUAUUUUAUUUAUUUUGGGGUUUUUUUUAGAAAUCAAGAAAUGGUGUACUACAGGGACAGUCAGUCCGAGCGGCCGCCGUUGUCCCGUAUUCUGCCGCAUCUCUACCUUGGUGCAGAGACUGACGUAACCCAGGAUGGUUUGUCUGACCGAGGCAUCUCGUACGUACUAAGUGUGAGCCGAUGUUGCCCACAGCCUUCAUUUCUACCCCAGUCCCAGUACCUCCGUAUCCCAAUAGACGACUCUCUGCGGGAUGACCUGCUUCCUUGGAUCCCUCAGGCGUUGCACUUCAUUGAUGGGGCCAUGUCACUUGGCUGCUCUGUCUUGGUUCACUGUGCUGCAGGAAUCUCUCGAUCUCCUGCACUUGCCGUGGCAUACGUCAUGUAUAGUCUGGAAAUGGAUCUGGAUCAUGCAUACAGGUUUGUGAAAGAACGCAGACCUACAAUUUCACCAAAUUUUAACUUCCUGGGUCAGCUGCAGCUCUUCCAAGGAACGCUUUCUUUGAAGAAUAAUAACACAAACCUUCACGCUCAGCAGUCAGACAAACCUUUGGAUAACUGCCCGAAGCCCACCAAUGAAAAAAACAACAGCAGUUCUGCAGUGGCACUGUUAACUAACUUAUACCGUCAGAACAGAACUGACAACAACUGCAUUGUUGACGUAUGCACUGAGGAUUCCCAAGCUAACGUGCACUGUGAGAACAAGAACAACCAAAUGAUGAAUCCAGAGUUGACCUUAUCUCUUUCAGACAAGCUCGGAGCGCUCACUCUCCGCACAAAUCCCGUAGAGAUACAAAGACCAGUAAACAUCACAUCUCAGACACAGCAUGAUUCACCAAAGUCCAACCUACCUAAGCCUACUUACCUUCAGAUUCCAUCUCUAGCGGACAAACGCAAAAGCCUCACUCUUUCCCUUACGCCAGUGGGUGCAGUUCCUCAGACUCACCAGGAGGGGUCAUCAGCCAUCAGCUGUGAUCUGAGGAAGAGCCGUUCCGCAGUUGACCAGACGGGGGCGUUAGAGGACUUGCGAAGAGCCGACAUGGAGCCGUCAGCAUCAGAAACCAGAACAGAUCCAAAAGAGGCAAACAGGUUUAUCAACAAGGAGGCGUCAGCUCGACACAGCUGCUCAAGAUCACAAAGAAGAAAGAAUAAACUAAACAACAGAGCAAACGAGGAGCAACAAAAAACAAACCAAGUGAACCAUUCAAGCACACAAUCGCACAGGCAGAUCCAGGGACCAUGUGAGAUCAAAACCUCCUCACAGGAGGUUACCAGUGGUGUAGAAGCAGUGGAGGGUAUGAAUGGAGACAACAGCCCAUUGUCUCCAGUCAGUCUAACGGUUAACAAAAUACUAGACUGGGGAGAACGCAUGCUGCUUGGGGUCCUACUCGGCCCACGUAUUAAAGUGGGACAGGCUGCUUUGCCGUACAGAUGUUGAAGAGGGACUGUUUCAGUCUGGUUGUAUGAACUGUGCUAUUUAAAGAUGGAGUGUAAAUGAGGACUUUUCAGUGAGGCAUAUCUAAGGAACUGUGUUUAUUAUUUACCUCCCCACCAUUGAAAGGAACUUAAAUGAAGACAGAGUGGGGUGAGGCAUGAGACAGAGACAUGGGUGAAUAAGCAUAGCCCAUGAGUGUGUGAACUCGCUUAUUUAUUUGAAGAAAUUGCAUGUUCCUCCAAGAGUGUUUGAUAGACUCAAGUCAUCUGACGGACUGGUGAUAAAUGACAGAAUGUCUGGAAAAACACUUGCAAUUUGUUCUGUUAUAAUGCACAGCCUGCCUGUGACUUUAUUUAUUAAAAUACACUGAUAAUUGACAUUUAUAAAUGGGUAUUUUGCAGGUGGAAUUUGAACACUAUAGCUUGUAUUGAAAAAGUGUUCAUUAAAGACAAUUAUUUUA